AUGCCAGAUCCUAAUGAAAGCUUCCAGGGGUACACACUUUCCAAGAACUCGGAAGGGAGCCAGCGCCGUUUGCGGAGUCACUCUAAGACCGCGGUUGCCGUGGAUGAUAACUCCUCCGAGCAAGCUGCUGAUCCCUUGCGCCGGUCCUCGUUUGCGCUUCCCUCUUCUCCGUGGUGUCGCCGCAACUCGUUCCUCUCCGACAGCAUGAUCCACGACGAGACGCACAGGGUUUACGACCAGCGGUACUACAACCCACUCUCGGGUCGCAUUGAAAUGAGAUACUCAGUUUCGUUGGAUGAGAGUCAGGGCUUUGUCUGGAAUCAGGACUUGUUUGCUAGCGCGUACCAACAACACUCUGGCAGUGGCCAGCGAUAUGGUUUCCCUGGCGCUGAGCUUGCUGGAGGGUUUUCGGUGGGUGUCACCGAAGUCAAUGUAGCGGAUGGAGAGGAUGUUUUGGCGGGCGUUGAUAUCCUGGGAAUCUAA